AUGCGGAACGUGCAUAACCAGAGGAACGAACAAUCAUGUGGGCUAACUAGCACACCAAGAAUUAAUAUUGCCACUCCGGGUAUGAGACCAGGAACCCAGGUCCAUGCUUUCAGCGGAGCACCUUCGGAGCAUUUCUCUUCAUUCUUUCGCUCUUUCAACGAUCAAGCAAAAACAAUUAAACCCGAAUUGUCAGACGAAGACAAGAGGAACUUCCUCUUGACAUAUCUCACCGAAGCAGCAAGAGAUCGAGCAGAAGAACAAAUGGAAUCCAGGCCAGACACCACAUUCGAGGAACUCUGUGACUAUCUCAAGUCACGACAUGAGGAUCCGGUUCGUACGGAGGUGUCACGUCAACAGCUACGCAAUUGCCAGCAAAACACCGGUGAGUCAGUAGACGAUUUUGCUUCCAGGAUCAGCAAGCUCGCAUCGGCGUCGCAUUGCAAUCAGCCGAGAGAACUCAUCAGGGCCAAAGCCCUCGAAGCAUUUCUGGAUGGGAUUGGAACGACUUGUAAAAAUUCGAAAUUCCAGUUUCCAGCCAAUGAAUUUAUUGGACCAUUCGAGGCUUGUAGACGACUUGUGCCUUAUACGGUGAAAGCUGGAAGAAUGAUUGACGAGUAUGUCAUCGAAUGUGAUUUUGACAAUCAAUAUCUUUGCCCGCUUAAUUUUCUUCAAUUAUAUGACAAAUGCUAUUUGAUGCCUGAAAAUGCCACAAAUUAUCAUGGAAUCAAGAAGAUGUGUGGAGAAAAUUUUAAAUUGGCGAAACUCGACAGAAUCGAUCUGAUUGGAAUUGUCGAGAGAAUAUUCAGACCAUCGGCUCCAGUUUCGAUGGAUUUCCUCACAAAUUAUACGGGAUUUUUCUCUGAAAAUAUUCACAAAUCUGAUAAUCCACAAGAUGACGAUGAAUAUUUCGAUUGGAGGGAACAAUUCGGUGGCACAUUCGGCCAUAUCAAACCAAUUGAUAUCAAUGACAAAAACAUUCUGUUUAUUUGCGAAAAACCAUACAAAGACUCAUAUUCUUCAAUUCAUGGAGAUGUUGGAAGAUAUUCCGAGAUAUUCUUUGAAGAACUACCGAAUAAUCAAGUCUAUCCGACGUUUGGAAAAUAUGGAAGUUCAUCCAAUCCGAGAGAAAAGAGCACGGAUGAUGAAGACAGAAUAUGCAGGAAAUUGAUGGAUUCAUUUUCUGACUUCGGGCACCAUCGAUUCAUCAGAUUCAACGAGGAUCAUUCGUUGAAACUCUCAAUUUCUUCCGGUUAUUUCUUGCAAACCAAAUAUGUUCAUACCGGAAUCAAAGAGUCCAAUUCAACACGUUCGUGUGAAGAAUUCGAGAACGAAAAGAUCUGUGAUGCGAGAAGGAAUGUGACGGCAUCGAAGAUAAUGAUAACGGGUGAAGGUAAUUGGCAAUUAACAUCGGCUCCUUUCGGUCAACGAUCUCCAAUGUAUUGUCAUUCGCGCUAUUACAGUUUCGAUGAAAAUGGCUAUUGUCGUAGUGAUUUCACUCCAUUUGUCAAAGGAAAUUAUAUGAGAUGUCAUAAGGCUUUUGAAGAUGCUGCGAUCGCCAAAGACGGCUGGAACUACUACUAUCUCGGUGUCGAUUUGCAAAGUAAUAACAUGUUUUAUCGCGAUUCAUCGACUCGUCCCCAACCAGUAUUCGAAUUCUAUCGGUCAUUGUGGGAUAAAACCUAUUUACCUGGUAAACCAGGAAUGCACAUCGUCCUCACAAAAAACAAACUUCUCCAGAAAAUCGAGUAA